CCCAGCGAUCGCUCGCGGCCCGCAGACCCGAGCGACGGGAGGCAGCCGCGCGGCCCGGAGCCGGCCCGGGCCCCCGCCGCCAUGGACAGCGACGAGGAGAUGGUGGAGGAGGCGGUGGAAGGGCAACUGGACGAGGACGGAUUGCCACACGGGCCCUGCACGGUCACCUACUCCUCCACGGACAGGUUCGAAGGCCACUUCGUCCACGGGGAGAAGAACGGACGCGGCAAGUUCUUCUUCUUCGAUGGCAGCACCCUGGAGGGCUUCUACGUGGACGACGCCCUGCAGGGCCAGGGCAUCUACACCUACGAGGACGGGGGUGUGCUGCAGGGCUCCUACGUGGACGGGGAGCUGAACGGCCCGGCGCAGGAGUGCGACCCCGACGGCAGGCUCAUCUUCAAAGGGCAGUACAAGGACAAUGUGCGCCACGGCGUGUGCUGGGUCUUCUUCCCGGACGGAGGCAGCCUCGUGGGAGAGGUCAACGAGGACGGGGAGAUGACGGGGGAGAAGAUAGCCUACGUGUACCCCGACGAGAGGACGGCGCUCUACGGCAAGUUCAUCGACGGAGAGAUGAUCGAAGGAAAACUGGCCACCCUCCUGUCCACGGAAGAGGGGAGGCCGCACUUCGAACUGACGCCUGGAGGUUCUGUGUACCACUUUGAUAAGUCGACUUCAUCCUGCAUCUCCACCAAUGCUCUUCUUCCAGACCCUUACGAAUCGGAGAGGGUGUAUGUGGCCGAGUCCCUCAUUUCCAGUGCAGGAGAAGGACUGUUUUCCAAGAUACCCGUGGGUCCUAACACUGUUAUGUCUUUUUAUAACGGAGUCCGAAUUACACACCAAGAGGUGGACAGCAGGGACUGGGCUCUCAACGGCAACACCCUCUCUCUGGACGAGGAGACGGUCAUCGACGUGCCUGAGCCCUACAACCACGUGACCAGGUACUGUGCCUCCCUGGGCCACAAGGCAAACCACUCCUUCACUCCAAACUGCAUCUACGACACGUUUGUCCACCCGCGGUUUGGGCCCAUCAAAUGCAUCCGCACCCUGCGAGCUGUAGAGGCGGAGGAGGAGCUCACGGUGGCCUACGGCUAUGAGCACAGCCCCCCAGGGAAGAGCGGGCCCGAAGCCCCCGAGUGGUACCGGGUGGGGCUGAAGGCCUUCCAGGCCACCCAGCAGAAGUGAGCGGCCGGGCCUUGGGGCCAGACGCCCGGAAGAGACUUGGAUCUAUGCACUCCUUUCAUCCGCAACAGGACGACCGGGGAUGGCUCUCGCUGUGACUUCAGCCCCUCCUCCCGAGUUAGCACCACUUCCUCGCGCAUACUAACUAGGUUUGACUGUAUUACUCAUACCCGACUUAACAUUAGGUAGCUUCACCACGGUGUCCCGCUGAGAGGUAUUGGGAGCACUUGACGUAAGAUAGCAUGAUGCUCUUGAGCGGUUUGGGUCUAAAUCUGGACCACCUUUGGAGAUGCCAAAUAAUCAGACUAAAGGAAGAAAGGGGUAUGUGUUCCAUCCUGUUGUUGGUUUUUCCAUGUUUUUUUUUUUCCUAUGGCCAGUGUAAAAUGUGUGACACAUUUGCACAUGUGCCCUGUGGAGGGUAGAGAAAACGAUUAGAUCUUCACUCUCUAAACAUGGUAGUUUGCCUUUUAACCUUUGAUCUGUAUUUUAUACUAGAAUGGCUUUGGUUUGGGGAUUUUUCCCCCUCUAGUAGGCAGAAAGAAGCCACUUUCUGCUGGGACCCACUCCCUCGCCUAGAUAUCCUGGAAUGAGAAAACUCCUGAGUGGGCUUGCAUCUCUGAUUUUGUUUCUAUACCAUCAUUUCAGUCUUAUGUCCUAAUAUCAAGUACUGGCUCUUAGGGCCAGGGUAUUAUUAUAGAAUUAUUAUUCUCGCAUGUAAACAAAGAUAUCUUUGCUUUCAGAUGUGAGAAGAAGUGAAUUUACUUUGUUUGCAUU